GAUAUGGCAAAAUUUGCACGGACGUAUGAUUGGUACAAUAGUCCAAAGUCCAUCCCGUCCCAACCCCAAAUCCAAAUACGGGAGAGCUGACGUCACCGCCGGUCACAAAAGAAAUGCACGGCCAAGUCCCCCUUACUUCUCACCAUUUUCCCCCAUGUGCUCCUGGCAGUAGCCGAUUCUUCUCCCGCUUCCUUUAUCCUCGAUCCUCCUUUCCUCCGGCGCACACGUUAGCAGCUUCCCUCCAUGAACCUCCGUGGUCUUCCUCACAUCACCCACUCCUCCGGAGGCGGCGGCGGCGGUCGCGAAGACUGUUGGAGCGAGGGGGCAACCGGUACGCUCAUCGAGGCGUGGGGAGACCGUUAUUUAAGGCUUAACAGAGGGAACCUCCGUCAGAAGGACUGGCAAGAAGUGGCUGACGCCGUUAACUCCCGUCAAAACGGCGCGAAGCCGAGGAAAACCGACGUCCAAUGCAAGAAUCGGAUCGACACGUUGAAGAAGAAAUACAAGCUGGAAAGAGCCAAGCCCCCGCCGUCAAAAUGGCCGUUUUUCAAACGCAUCGACUCCCUCAUCGGCGCUAACGCCUCCGUCAAUAAAAAGCAUUCCGCCGUUACCUUCACAAUCAAACCAAAAGCGACAUCUUUUCUAAAGGGGCCGAGGUCGACGGAGAGCUCGUUUGGCGACGAGGACGGAGACGAGGACGAGGUGAGAAAAGAGCAUCGAGUGGAGGACGUAGGAUUAUCCGAUGGAGCUGCGUGUAGGGAAUUAGCCAGAGCGAUUUUGAAGUUCGGGGAGAUCUAUGAGAGGAUCGAGAGCUCGAAGCAACAGCAGAUGAUGGAGCUUGAGAAACAGAGAAUGGAGUUUACCAAGGAUCUGGAGUUUCAAAGAAUGAACAUGCUUGUAGAUGCUCAGUUGGAGAUGGAGAAAUCGAAGCGGCAAAAGCAUUUGACUCGCUCAGGGAAGAAGCACUAGGAGAUUGUGCCAUACCAUCUGAAAAUAGAAGCUGAGUCUGAUUAUCUUUGUGACUAUGUCCUCUUUCGAUCUCAAUUAACUGAGACAGAAGUCUCUAUCUGUAGAUCCAAUCGCAUCGAAAAUCAAGUGCAUGUGGUGGUCGUAACAUUUCUUGUACAUAAGCAGUUGUUUGCUGCAGGUCCAUCGUAACAUUUCUACUUGUUAUAAUACAAUAAUCUUUAUCAACUUGUUAAGUUUUUGUAUUCUGUAGUUUUAUUGUUAUAAUUGAUAGUUUAAUGUGGAAAAUGGAAGAACUACCUUGUAAGAAGAUAGCUAAUCCUGACUUGAUUAGAAUUCUGUGGAAGUUUGAGCAAUUGGAAAGUUUGUUUGAGCAA